UCCUUCAGAGAAGCCAGCCCCGGCACAGACUCCUUACCCCUCACGGGGCAAAAAACGGCAGCUGAGGAAGGGAAUCGUUGAAACGUGCAGCCCUCGGGCCUCCGAGGGCGAACUGAAAGAAUUUUUCCUCACAAAUUGCUGGUGCAGGGCGGCCGCGCUGCCUUACGGCGCACGGCAGCCGCCGCCUGGGGGCGGCCCUAUGUGGGGCGCGCUGAGGGCUCCGGUUCUGCGGGAUCCGCCAUGGCGGCGGUGCAGGAUGUGGAGAUCGACCCGGAGGGCACCUUCAAGUACAUCUUGGUGCGGCUGCAGCGGCCGGGCGGCGAGGGGCAGCGCCACAUCGUGCGGGGCACCAAGGCGGCCGAGUUCCACAAUCACAUAUUUGAAAAAGUGAAUCCUGAAAUGGAAAAGCUGGGAUACGAAUGCAAGUGCCUUGGAGGAGGGAAAAUUGAUCAUAAUAGCAAAGACAAGAAAAUUAGGGUAUUUGGGCUCUCUACAGGCUAUGGAAAAGCAGAUCAUUCAGUGACUGUAGAGAUACUGAAAAAAGUGUAUACAGAUUAUGAAAUUACAUGGUCAGAUGACAAGAAAUAAAUUGGCUACUUAUGAAUGUGACAUACACUGCAAAACUGGUGUGUGAUCAUUGUGAUAGUGGCUCUAACAGUCUUCACUUGAAAGUCCUAAAAAAUCUGAUUCUGUAUUUGUCUGAAAACUGAGCUGUUUGAGCAAGCCAAAAAUAAAUAAUAAUAAAAAAAGGAUGCUGAGCAAAGGAAUAUUACUAAAACUGAGACAGGGUGAGUUUGAUCAUGUAAUAUUUUCCAGAUGAAGCAUUAUAGUAGGCAA